CAAAUGAUAAUGCUGAAAAUUACCCCAUUAACAUGUUGGAUUCUCAUAUUCACAGUAUUUGCUAGUGAAGGAUUAGUUGAAGGAAUAGCAACUAGGAAAGUAGUAAACAAUGCAAUAAUCAAAACCAUCGAGGUUGAAAAAACAGAGAUCAUCGAUUGUUAUGAUGUUCACAGACAGCCUAGUCUUAACCAUUCUUUGCUUUAUAAUCAUACAAUACAAAUGAGACCAAGUUUUUACCAAAAAGGAAUGAAUUCAAGUAAUUUAGGAACGUUUCAACUUGCACAAACUUGGCAUAAGUAUGGAUCAUGUCCUGAAGGAACAAUCCCUAUUCGGAGGAAAGGAAAAUAUUACAACCCCGUAUUUUUGCGCAAACAUUAUUAUCCAAGAUUAUCACCUACAUCACCAUCAAACAACAUUAUAAAUAACAAUACGACCCGCGAGUACGCUAUAAUUGAGGCGCGAGGUAAUUUUCUUGGAGCAGCAGCACAAAUAAAUCUUUGGAAACCAUUUACUGAAACAAAUGAAAUGAGUACGUCUCAAAUCUGGAUUGCAUCUGGUGAAUACCAAGAUCUCAAUACUAUUGAAGUUGGAUGGCAUGUGUCCCAAGACAUAUAUGGCGACGACCAACCAAGACUUUUCGCACACUGGACAACGGACGGAUACACGAGGUCGGGUUGCUUCAACCUCCUUUGUGAUGGUUUCGUGCAGACAUCGUCAGAUUUUUCUCUUGGUUGCAAUUUCACAGAGGUGUCCACUUUCAAUGGAGACCAAAAAGAUGCCACCUUCAGUAUUUCAAAUGACCGAAGUAAUGGAAACUGGUGGGUACUAAUGCAAGGUCUUCCAGUCGGUUAUUAUCCAAGCUCUCUCUUUACGGAAUUAUCAAAAACAGUAACAUCCGUACAAUGGGGGGGAGAAAUUAUUAUUAAUAAUAAUAAAGGACGGCAUACUUCGACUCAAAUGGGUAGCGGUCAUUUCCCUUCUGAAGGUGGUUUGAAAACAUCGAGUUAUUUUAAUUGGGUUCAAGUAUUUGAUGAAAAUCACAUAGUACAUACACCUGAAAAUAUUGAGAAAAAAGUUACAAAUCCAAACUGCUAUGAUUUGGAAAUUGACAGUGACCAUUAUAGUACAAAUGGUUAUGGCUUUUAUUAUGGGGGUCCCGGUUAUAAUAUUAAAUGUCAAUAAUUAAGUGUAUUGUACAUUCCAUGCUUCCAAAGAAAAAUAAGGAUUUUCCUUUCUAAAUUUUAUGAUAAUGGUUGGUAUAUUCAAUAAGAGGGUUUGUUCUUAUUACCAGAAA